GUGCAUCUUCAAUAUGGCAGCGUGCGAGCUGAAAGGAGAGUUGAAGUACAGAGAUGGACAGACAAACCAGUUCACAGUACAAGUAGAUGGCGAUUUGAAAUCACUAUUAACUGGCGUCAAGAAAUUAAAUGCCGAUGUAUCGGUAGUCUUGACGGCUCUGGUUGAACAAGAAAAGGGUUCAACGGACAAUAGCAGAGGGGUUCUGGAUGAUGAUGAGGACGAGGACAGUGACGAAGAGGAUAGUACCACAGGAAUGACCACCAAAAAAAGGUCAAAGUCAGAACCUCCAAACAAGCGGAUAAAGACCUUACGGCCAUGAUCUUCAGAACUGUCAUUCUUCUGUAAUGGCCUUUGGUGCAUAAAAAGGUGUUUGUACAUAAGUGCUCUCCUUUUAACUUUUGUGACAGCCGUGAGUUUAAGACAGUGUUGGGAUUUUGCCUUAUUUUGUUUCCAUUAAAAUGAUGUUAUUUUUGAUAACUUCAGUUUUCUAUAAAUGGAAAAACAUAAUAGUGCUAAGGCGAAAUUGUUUUAUCAUUACACUUUUCCUGUUAUAAAAUGUUACAAAUUGACAUUGGUUAUCAGUACUUAAGUUUCUUCAGCUAACGGGUAAUAAUAAACCAUUGCGCAAUAAAUUGCCAGUGUAUCCAUUUCAAAAGAAUUUGCACUGCACAUUUCAUUUCUUUAUUGAUCUUUGUCAGAAUCCAGAGUUGUUUCAAACCACAGUGUAUUAAGAUUGCAAUGGAAAGUAAUUAAUAGGUACCAUUAAACAUUAUAAAUUCACAGUCAAGCCCUUUUAGACAAAAACAAUUUGCCUUUUUUUUUAGCAUUUCAACAAAUGAAUAAAACAUUCCACAUGUAACCAAAGGCAUUGUAACCACAAAAGAAGUGAUUUUAAAGAUCGGAACACUUGGGUCUGUGGCACAGGCUCAUCUAAUGUUGAGACCCAUGAUCAGACUCAUUACAACCUACCACACCCAUAACCUUUGCAUUUUUUAUGCAAGAUAAGAUUAUUCACGGUGUAAAAUGAUACUGAUAUCCCUCAACAAUAAGACAUGAGAUUGAGUACACUAUUUCACAAGACAUGAUUAUGAACUUAUUUCAGAAACACACUUUUCACUGAGGACACUUGAAUAUCACUAUGAUACAGAAUUAGUAUUUGUCAAAUAAACCUAAAUUAAGAAAUAAAAGGAAAAUAUUAUCUUUCCAUGA